AUGGAAAAUAAUAAAAUCCAAAUAUUAGAAGAGAAAGAAGAUGUAUAUUCAGUGAUUAGAAAAAUUGUGGGGGAUGGUCGACAAAAAAACGGUUUCUGCCUCUGCGAUGCUAGUGAAAUAAUCAAAAAUUACCUAAAUUGGAAAAUAAAUUUUGCUCAUAUACCAGUUUUUUACAUGGUAAAAUGCAACGAAAGCAGGAUAGUACUAGAAACAUUAGCAGCUAUGGAUGUGGGCUUUUCGUGCGUAUCACAAGAAGAAAUUCGUCGAGUUUUGUCAUUAGGCGUUCCUGCUGAUAAAAUAAUUUUCGCCAAUCCUACAAAGAAAAUCAGCCACUUGGUUUAUGCCUCUGGAAAUGGAGUUACGUUUACAUCAUUCGAUAAUGAAGAGGAAUUGUAUAAAAUCAAGAGAUACCUUUCAUCUGGAAAGUUGAUAUUGAGAGUCGAGUCGGAAAAAAAGGAUAUUUAUAGCAGGAAAUUUGGGGUACAUUCUGAAGAAGAUAUAAAACACCUUCUCCGUGUGGCCAAAUCUCUGGAUUUAAAUGUUAUAGGCGUUUCUAUCGCUAUGGAGAGCGAAUACAACAUUGAAAAUUUUUCUACAAAAAUGGAAUUCGUUCGAAAAGUUUUUAGCAUAGCUUCCCUAUUUAAUUAUCACUUUACGUUCUUAGAUAUCGGUGAAAUGUACCAAAAAAAAUAUUCCUGUUCUAAGGAUUCUCAAGUAUUAAACGAGGCAAUAAACACGUACUUCGAUAGCACCAGCGUGCAAAUCGUAGCCGAAUUAGGCGAAUAUUUGGUAGAUUCGGCCUUUAAAGUAAUUUCCAACAUUCACUCGAGAAGAAUAAAAGAUGACACUCGAAUGUACCACUUAGACAUUGGAAUUUACAACGGCUUAGCGCCGAGCGUGCUCUUCAAAAAGCCUUUCGUUUGCAACCCUGUCAAAGAACAACCCGAAUCGCAAGUUUUUCCCAGCAUUCUGUGGGGCCCCACUUGCGACAGCACGGAUAAAAUUACCAAAGAAGUGGAUUAUUUACAGGAAAUGGAAGUUGGCGAUUGGGUAAUAUUCGAAGAUACUGGAGCUAACACUUUAUCCAUUACGUACGAUUUUAAUGGAUUUAAAUUACCCAACGUGCAUUCAGUAAUAAAAAAUAACGACUUGAUUUAUGUAAUUGGUGACGAUGCUCCCCGUUUAGCCAGAACUAAAUUUGUACAUGGUAGUUCAAUUGAUAAUUAUUUUACAGGUCUAACUACACCUUAUGUUCAAGAUUCGUAA